GUCACCAAGGUCCCGGUCUCCGAGUGCCCCCGCUUCCAGGACUGCGCCAGCUGCCUCCGCGCCCGGGACCCUUUCUGCGGCUGGUGCGUCCUGCAGGGCCGGUGCACCCGCAAGUUGGAGUGCGAGCGCUUUGAGGCAGCCGACCAAUGGCUGUGGAGCUACGAGGCCAGCAGCCAAUGCCUGCGCGUCGAGAUGGUGAUGCCGGCCAAUCAGAGCCACGAGGAGCAGACGGACGUCUCGCUGUGGGUGCCCCGGCUGCCCCCCCUGGCUGAGGGUGAGAGCUACCACUGCGCCUUCGGGGAGCAGGACAGCCCCGCCCUGCUGCAGGACGCCUGGGUCCGCUGCCGCUCGCCCCCCAGCCCCCAGGUGCCGCCCAGCCAGGAGGGCAAAGAUCACGUGACCGUGGCGCUGUCCCUGAUGUUCGAGGACGUGGUGGUGGCGGCGACGGAGUUCGUCUUCUACGACUGCAGCGCGGUCACACGGCUGGCGCGGCCCACCCCGUGUGGUGGGUGCGUGAGCAGCCCCUGGCCCUGUCACUGGUGCCCGAGGAGUCACAGCUGCGUCCCAGGCGCGUCCUGCCCCCACGGCGAAGGGACCAUCUACAACCAGAACGUCCGGGAGGGGGGCCCCUGGGGCCCGGAGGCCUGCCCCAGCCUGGGGGGCAUCGAGGGGUCCCCCCUGGUGCCCGUAGGGGUGGCCGUGCCCCUGAGCCUGGCGGCCCACAACCUGCAGCUUCUGGGGGACCCGUUGCCACGGUUGCGCUGCGUGGUGGAGGUGGGGGGGGCACCCGUGUCGGUGGAGGCGUCGCUGGACGAGGAGGGAGGGGCCCAGCGGGUCCGGUGCCGCCCCCACAUGUACAGCUACUCCCUUCCCCCCCCCCAGCUCCCAGCCCCCCUCUACGUCUCUGCAGGGGGCGCGGGGCGCCUGGACAACCGGGGGGACCUGCAGGUGACCCUCUACAACUGCUCCGUGGGGCGGGCCGACUGCAGCCACUGCCUGGCAGCCCCCCCGGAGCUGGGCUGUGUCUGGUGCCCGGCCGGGGGGGGUCCCGGCUGCCGCUUCCGGGACCUCUGCCCCCCCGGCGCCGCCGAGCCCCUCUGCCCCACCCCCAUCAUCCAGGCGAUCCAGCCCCACAGCAGCCCCCUGGAAGGGGGCGUGUCCCUCACCAUCACGGGCUCCAACCUGGGCCGGCGCCUGGCGGACGUGGGGUCGGUGCGGGCGGCCGGCCGGCCCUGCACCCCCGACCCCGCCCUCUACCGCGUCUCCACACGGAUCGUGUGCCGGGUCUCUCUAGGGCAGAGGGGCGUCUCUGGCCCCGUUGAGGUCACCGUGGGGAACCGGCCCCCCGGCAUCUCUGCCGACCACUUCACCUACCAGGACCCCGCCCUGCGGGAGCUGCACCCCAGGAUGGGCCCCAUGGCAGGGGGCACCCGACUGACCAUCCUAGGGGAGGAGCUGCUGACGGGCGACCAGAUCGCAGCCUUCGUGGGAGAGCUGCCCUGUACCAUGUGA